AUGUCCAUGCCCACAGCUGAAUCGCAAGAGUCGCUCUCGGCCGCAUACGCCUUCAGCUACGACUAUGCUCAGCCAGACCAGCCGCCGCCGCCGCAGUAUCAAGAUCAUUAUGCUCCACCACCACAGAAGCAUCAUCAUCAACAGCAACGCACAGAGCACCACAAUCCCACCUCGUCUUCAAACGCUCAGCCAUCUCAAACUUCAUCAUCCGCUUCCGCUUCCAACCCUGGUUUGUCGCGUGCAGGUGGCAGCGUAGGCUCCUCUGGCUCUCAGUCGUACUAUUCGUCGGCCACCACUCAGCCCCAGCAGCAGCAACCCCAGCAGCAGCAGCAUCACUACCAACAAGGCUAUCCGCAGCAGUAUCCCGACUAUCGCCAGUAUCAGCAGCACGGCCAUCCUUCACCUCCUACAAAUGCUUAUCGACCCCCGCGCCACAUCAGCAGCAACUAUCCAGAGCAUGCUGCUUCCGCCGCAUUGAAUCCUGCCAACACUGCUGCUACCCACCUCGCUCCAGCUCCUCCGGUAUCCUCCCAAAUGUAUGGCCAGUCCAACAUCUCCAUGCCUGCUCUCGGUCCGCUAGCUGCAGACUCAUCAUCUAGGGCACCUCCUCUUGCCGACGAUUUUGGCGACUCGUUUGCCAACAUGAACCUCUACGGCACUCCCAGGCUCGGUCCGCAACGAUCCAAGUCGCCUGCCUACCCGUCUGCAGCUCCUGGAACUUCCGAUGCAGCGUCGACAAGAGGCGUCGCAAGCGCUGCUUCCGUGCGAGCCAAUGCCAUGUACGCCAACCAAGAAAUCCACCAGUCGGCAGCAGAGGUGCACCCCGAAAACUCAUUGGCCGCCAUUGCAGAUCAAGUCGAUCAAGCCGCCGCCGACCUUGAUCCCAACGUCCCAAGCUCGUCAAAUGCGACUGCUUCUCAAAAUGACCAUUCCAGCAGCCAGCAUACCAUGGGCAGCAGCAGCGCUUACCACGCCUCUCAAGCACGCGCGGGCGGCGCUCCUCCCGAUUGGAAUCUUCAACAAGCAACCAGCAGCGCCGCAAACAAUGCUCCCUAUGCCCAUCAAUAUGCUUCGGGCAUGCGGCAGCAUUCCGCUCCCGGCGAUUAUCCCCCUGGUGCUAGCGGUGUUGGUGCUCAGUAUCCAGCCGGAUCCACCGACGGUCACGCUGCUGGUGCUGCCGAUGCUAGUCAGAUGCAGUGGGAUCCCAAUGCUGCAGCGUAUUACUCUAGUAAUGGAGGUGGUGCUGCUAAUGCUGCGUCGUACCCCGCCUUUCAGCCGCAAGCGCUCCACCAUGCUUCUGCAGGCUAUCCUUUCUCAGCUCAAGGUGGUCACGCUCCCUAUCCGCCUGCUGGCGGUCACUCGGCAUACGAAUCGAACCCGUACUUUGCUGCUGCUACCGGUUAUCUCGGGUUCCCAGAUGGCGCUGCUCCUGGCUUCCCUCCUGGUGCGGAUGCCUACGGCUCGGCUCCGGGUGCGGCUGCUGCGGGUGCACCGGGUAUGAUGGGCAUGCUUCCUCCCGGCGGUGCAGGUGGAGCACGUCCCUCCAUGCUCUCGCGACAGGCAACGCAGCUCUCCAUGAUGUCGACCAACUCGAACCCGCUCGCCGGCAUGGCAACGAACAAUCCACGUCGCAAAUCCAAGGAUGCCGCUCCCCAGCAGACGCUCCCGUUCAACAAGUCGUUUGUCGCCGAAUACCGGCAGCGCAUGAAGAAGGACCCUGACCCGGAAGCCCAGUUUGCAUACGCCAAGUAUCUCAUCGAAGCGGCCAAAAAGGUACACGACCCGGCCGAUGGCCCCAAGCAGCAGCGCAAGUAUCGAGACACGUUGUUGUCCGAGAGUCUCAAGCUCAUCAAACGGCUCGCCACGACAGGAAUGGGACUGGGCAAGCCGCCGUUCGCUGAAGCGCAGUUCUUCCUCGCCAACUGUUUCGGGAACGGCAGCUUGGGGUUGCAGGUCGACCACGAAAAAGCGUACAAUCUGUAUGUGCAGGCGUCCAAGCAGAACCAUCCUGCUGCAACCUACCGCACUGCAGUGUGCAACGAGGUGGGCGCAGGUACGCGGCGGGACCACCAUCGUGCGGUGCUGUUCUACCGCAAGGCGAGCGCGCUGGGAGACACGGCGGGCAUGUACAAGCUCGGCAUGGUGCUGUUGAACGGCAUGCUGGGACAGCCCAGGAACGUGCGCGAGGCGAUUGUGUGGUUGAAGAGAGCUGCGGCGCAGGCAGAUGAGGACAACCCGCAUGCGCUGCACGAGCUGGGGCUGCUGCACGAGAAGCCGAGCAACGGCGUGGUGCUGCACGACGAGGCAUAUGCGCGUGAGCUGUUCACGCAGGCUGCACAGCUUGGCUACUCGCCGUCACAGUUCAAGCUCGGCUCGGCGUACGAGUAUGGCAACUUGACGUGUCCCGUCGAUCCACGUCGCAGUAUCGCAUGGUACACCAAAGCGGCGCAGCGCGGUGACGGUGAGUCGGAACUCGCGCUUUCGGGUUGGUACCUCACUGGCUCCGAGGGCGUGCUCAAGCAGUCGGACAGCGAAGCGUACCUGUGGGCCAGGAGGGCGGCGAGCAAAGGCAUUCCCAAGGCCGAGUAUGCGGUUGGGUACUAUUCCGAGGUUGGCAUUGGGGUUGCGGCUAAUUUGGAUGAAGCCAAGAGGUGGUACAUGCGGGCUGCGGCUCAGGGGAACAAGCGCGCCAUGCAGCGCCUGACUGAGUUGAAGAAGAUGAAAGGCUUGAGUGGCAAGAAGGGCGCGAGGCCGACGAGGAAGGAUGCCGAGAGUGAGUGUGUUGUUAUGUAA